GUCAACUGCGCAUGCGCGAUCGUGAUACUCUCGACACCAGGGGAUGCGGGAGCACUGUGCUUCACUUUGGUUGGGAAACAUGGUUCUCGCAUGCGAAUAGGCUGUGAAUAGGUGAACGAGAUGCCAGUGCAUUGUGUCGCUUUUGGCUGCACGAACUAUUAUCGGGGAGGCGCAGAAAAUACCGUGGGCUUUUUCCGAUUCCCAUCUGCAAGGUUACAUCCCCGGAAACGUCUUUUGUGGGUCCAAGCCGUGAAGAGACAGGAGCCUGAUGGCACGCCGUGGCAGCCAAACGCUCACUCGCGGAUAUGUGGUGCCCAUUUCAUUACAGGGAGCCCGUCAACGACAGAAGGGCACCCGGAUUUCGUGCCGAGCGUUUUCACCUACAGGAAAAGGCCGGCUCAAACACUUCACCGCUACACCCGCUGGAAGAAACGAAGUAGACGCGCAUCAGAUCCUCAUCAGCCCUGUUCAUCAUGCACUGCGGUUGUCAACAGAGAUGCUGCGGAGAAGAUUGCAUCAAUGCAAAAAGAGAUGGAGGAGUUAAAGGCAAAGAUGUUAUACGUGGAAUGCAGCCUGGAGAAAGCCAAGUCACAGCUUUUGAAUGUGGACCUUAUCAGAGGAUCAACAGACAAUGCCAUGUUCUACACUGGCCUUCCAAGCUUUGAAGCGUUUACAAGUCUGUUUCGGUACCUCCACCGGGACGCCAGCAAGAUGACGUAUUGGGGACUCUGCAACCGUAAAGAAAAUGAGACACGAGGCAAGCUGAAGGAGACCGAGCUUAUUGACGAAUUUUUUAUGGUUCUUGUCCGCCUGAGGACUGGCAUGCCUGGUAGGGAAGUUGCAAGGAAUUUCAUGCUAUCAGAGGGCCAUUUCAGUCGUAUAUUUGCAACAUGGAUCAAUUUUCUUGUCCAUAAGCUCAAAGCAAUAACAACCUUUCCAACAGUGGAGAAUAUAAAGCCGUAUUUGCCCAAGUCCUUUCAAGGUUUUGAGAACACUCGGCUGGUACUGGAUGCCACUGAAAUUCGUAUUCAGAAACCCUCCUCCCUGAAUGCGCAGAGACGAACGUUUUCAACAUAUAAGCAUUAUAAUACCUACAAAGCUGUAAUUGGUUGCACACCCGAUGGGUAUAUUGCCUUCGUGUCAAAGCUGUGGGGUGGAUCUGUUUCGGAUAGUCUUGUGGUGGAGGAGAGUGGCAUCUUGGACCAACUCCAACCAGGUGAUGGGAUCAUGGUAGAUAAAGGAUUCGUGUUCCCUGCAAUGCCACCACGCAUUACAUUGUACAGACCGCCAUAUCGUCAGAGUCACGAACCCCAGAUGAGUUGUGCUGACGUUAUAGAAACAAGACGUGUGGCGUGUGCCAGGGUGCAUGUUGAGAGGGCCAUUCGCAGAGUAAAGGCCUUCCAUAUCCUUGAUAGGCCAUUCCCAAUAUCUAUGAUUGAUAUUGCAGAGCAAGUAUUUCAUGUGUGCUGUUUCCUUAGCAAUUUUCGCCUGCCGCUUAUAGCUGAUCACUAACUGGAUCUGCUAACUGCAUGUUUUGUACAUAUUGCACAGCAAGUUGUUGUCCAGCAAAUACAAAUUUUGCAACAUACUCCUACAAUGUCUCCAGUGUUGCUUUUAUGGAUGUGGGUUUACUCACAGUCAUGUUCGUUUAACAAGAGGCAUGUAACUGCCAGGUUAGAUCAACUGAGGAGCAGAAAACUGCAUUGUGAUUAGUUACUGGCAUUGCGCAUAAAUUCAAUAGACAGAUAAGUUGCGUAGGUUAAAGCAUUUAUUCCAUCUUCUUUAUUUUAAAUUUCAGACCACGACCUUGCUCACACAUGUAGUAGCCAUUCUUCCAUUGUGUGUAUGACACAUACUGUCCCUUUAUGUACAGUUUUCCUGAUCUUCUCACACGCUGCGUUAAAAGCUCGGGAACCAAAGCGUGUUUUGCAAAAUGCAGUAGUGCAGGGAGCACUUCUGUUUCCCAAAACGUAACGUCAAAAAAUAUUCUUUCAAUGCUAAUUGACCUCCCUGUGCUUCCGGCAUUGGUCCAUAUGACAAAGUCGCACCAUGUUGUUCCUGUGACUCCCAUCUGACCCUGAACCUGAUAGUAAUAUGCAUGGUCCCUUCGCAGCUGUACCUCUCCAUUUACCAGCGUGCAACAAAAGGUUUUGUCUGCACAGGCCUCUAUAGCUGUAAGUCCAAUCUUGGAAAAUGGGCAUUUUACCUCUAACAGCCCCACAUCUGACUGUUCCCUGACUAUACGGUCAGGUGAGGCUGCUAUGAAAGGGUAUAGUGAGUGAACAUGCAGACCAGUGCUGUGGACAGAAACAUUGCGGUCUUGAGCAGCCAUAAGUUCACAAUAAGCACGAACAGCGACAGACUCAUUCCUUCUCCCAUAGGCAAUUGCCUCUGAAUAAGCAGAGUCCUUGGGGUACAGCAGCUGCUUCAAUAGUCCAUCGGGGGUGCGGCACUUAACAAUUCGUUUGAACAGUGAAGAUGUCAGGCGUCCAAUUCUCUCCUUGUGCCACUCCUUGUUUUCGGACUGAUUCAUAGUUUGCAGUGUGAUCCGAUUCCUCUCCUCGUCUGUCAAUGGCCUCAGGAACCGUUGAAACUCCUUGCUGAUCAGUACAGCACCUUCCGUGCUGAGGUUGGCAUCGUCACUGAUGGGCAGAGAUGGCUUCUUGGGUACAACGGCAUCCUUGUUUGGGGCGGCAUGCCGAAACCACAGCAUAGACGGGUGGUGGUCUCCCAUGUCUUCAAGCAAGUCUUUGUAUGCAUCAGUGUCGCUAUCCCGCUGUUCUUCACAUGGGUUGUAAAUACGCCUCCUGCAUUCCCUUGCUGGCUUGUGUACCAAGUGUUUUUGGAAAUGUAUUUCCUGCAGUGGUCUUGGAGAAGGGACUUUCUUCCCUGCAAAAUGUUUUCAUGAAUAAUGAGAUGAUGCUCACAUGAAUAAAACAUGUUUGGAAGUAUUA